AUGAGUAUCAGUUUAGCUUCUAGAGGAAGGAAAAUUAAAUCUUUACCUAAAAAUCUCGAGUUUCCUUUGGAUGGUUCAAUUGACCAACUGAAGGAAGAGAUUUCUCAAAAAACUCGACUACCCAUUGAACGGUUAAGACUGAGUACAGUCGACGGUACAGUGCUUAUACCAGGGAAAACACUUAGAAAGUUUGGAAUCGGCACUGGAACGACUAUAUGGGUAAAAGAUCUAGGACCCCAAAUAGGUUGGAGGACAGUCUAUGUAAUCGAGUACUUAGGUCCAUUAAUUAUCCAUUCUCUUUUUGUUUUGGGUUUGAAACAUGUAUAUCGACAGGAAUUUAACCUGUCAUUGAAUCAAAAGAUUGCCUUUAUUAUGAUCAUCUUGCAUUUCUUGAAGCGUGAAUAUGAAAGUAUAUACGUUCAUCGCUUUUCUUCUGCAACUAUGCCGUUCCGAAAUAUUUUCAAGAAUUGCUUUCAUUACCACGUCCUUUCUGGUUUACUUCUUGCCUUUUUUAUUUAUGGUCCAUGGCAUUCCCAGGACUACAUUUGUCCUAAGCUACUUGCCUUUUAUAGUUUUGGUUGGACCGUUUCCUUGCUAUCCAACUUGAAGAUUCAUUUGAAGCUUCGGGAUUUACGUCCUGAGGGUUCUUCCAAGCGUGCCAUACCUUAUGGAUUUGGCUUCAACUGGGUUUCCUGUCCCAAUUAUUUUUUUGAAUCUCUUGAAUGGUUGUUUUUUGCUUUAAUUACCAGGUCUUGGGCUUCUUGGCUGUUCUUGGCUGUUGGAAGUGCACAAAUGUGGGUAUGGGCUCAAAAGAAGCAUCAGCGUUAUGUCAAAGAAUUCCCCAAUUAUCCCAAAUCUCGUAAAGUCCUUAUCCCUUAUUUCAUGUGA